CUCAGCGUAGUCGUUGGGCUUUGUCGCGCAUCGCGAGCUACAUUCCCAACUCCCAAGUUGUAAUAAGCGUGCUGCUGCUGCUGCACGAGUGUGCGGACGAAGCCAGUGCAGUUGGUGUGUGCCCUUGUCGAGCAGUGCGGCCGCGAGUUCGCCAGCCCCCGGGAUUACAGCGAUUCGAUUCGUAUACAAGCUCGUUCGGUGCAAUCGGUGCGUGCGUGCAAUGCUGCGUCAGCAGCCAAGCUCUACCGGUGAAACUGCGCGACAGAGCAGAUUGUCACUUGGAGGCCGUCGUUCGGCGCUCGCCGGAUGAGUCUAGGAUGCUGUGAUGGCCAGCAAGACGCGAUUCCCGACUACGGAGCUCAGCAACGACCUGACCAGUUCGCCGAUAGCCAAGAAGAGCCGACUCAGCGAGGACAGUCCCGAGGAGAUCUGCAGCAGGAGUAGCGACAACAGCGGCUCCCUCAACAGUCCGUUGCAACUGAGUCUGGUAGCAGCCGAGGUCCUACCUCUGUCCGACGAGUCCUUCAGCGACGCACCGAGCGACUCGGCGGCUUCGUCCUCGCCCACCAAACACAAGCAGCCACAGAGUCAACGUCAACAGCCGCCCCAAUCCAACGCCAAUAGCCACCCAAUUGGCAGCGAGAUGGGCCGGGAGGGCGUUCAAUUGUCCCUGAGAGGCGAUCAGUCGCACUACGAUGAUCUCCUGCUCAUCGGCGACGGGGCCUACGGCACCGUUUACAAGGCCCACGACUCCGUCACGAGGCAGGUCGUGGCUCUCAAGAAGGUCCGGGUGCCCUGCACCGAGGACGGCUUGCCUACUGCAGUUCUCCGCGAGAUCGCCACUCUCAAGCAGCUCGACUAUCACGAGAGCCCGUACAUUGUAAAGCUACUGGACGUCUGCUACGGAAAUUAUUUACGCAGCUCCAGCGACCGAACCAAUUUGAUGCUCUGGCUGGUUUUCGAACACGUUGAAAGAGAUUUGGCGACUUACUUGAAAUACCGUCAACCUCAUGAAAAAACACGACAAAAGAUUCAGCAGCUCUCCAGAGAAAUUCUUCUUGGCGUUGAUUUUCUUCAUACUCAUCGAAUCGUGCAUCGAGAUCUGAAACCCCAAAAUCUUCUGGUCACUAGGGAUGGUCAUAUAAAGAUUGCUGAUUUUGGUCUUGCAAAAACUUACGACUUCGAAAUGACUAUGACGUCCGUUGUAGUAACUUUAUGGUACAGAUCACCGGAAGUUCUUUUGGGCUGCGCUUACGCGACCCCUGUCGAUAUAUGGUCUGUCGGUUGCAUUAUGGCUGAAAUUGGUGGCUCUGAUAAAGCCCUUUUUCCUGGAGUGAGUGAAGGUGAUCAAUUGGAUCAUAUUUUUAAAAUUAUUGGCACCCCACGUGAAGAAGAAUGGCCAGAUAAAAUAUCGAUUGGUUGGAAUGCGUUUACGGUGCAACCUCCGACGCCUUUGAAUUUAAAAAUCCCGAUGUUGACAAAUGCCGGAUUAGACUUGGUACACAAUAUGCUUCUUUUCAAUCCACAUAGUCGACCAUCAGCAGCCCAGUGUCUUCAACAUCCGUAUUUCCUCGAUGAUUAUUCCUGUGACAAUCUUGACAACAAAAAUUUUCUCUAGGUUUUACCCCAAAGAAAAUACUGAUGAAAUGUCGAUUUUGAAGUUGAAGUUUGCAAUUCAACGCUUAUACUCUUGUACAUAAUUAGUCGGAAUGAUUAUUAUUAUUAUUAAAGUAUAUAUGUAAUGUAUUAUUGUGUUUCUACUUGUAAGUAGCCAAAAAUAUGACAUUUUCAUGUCAAAUGUAUGUAAAGAAGUUGAUGCAUGUUUUGUGUCUUGUUGAUAGUUUAAAAUAUUCAAUUAGGUUGUAUCUUUAUAUUAUGAUGUAGGAGUGUAUUUCGCUGAAGUAAGAUUUUUAAAAUCUCGAAAAAUAAUCAAAUUAAGUUUAAUUUUAUUAGAAAAUAUGUAUAAAAACUGUUCAGUGAGUUUGACAUUUAAAAUGUCGAAUUCUCAUUCAUAGAUAAAAUCGCGGACAUUUUAAACAUUAAUUUUAUAUUGUACAAACUUAAAAUUUAAUCGUACCAGAAUACUUAACAUAAACAUAAAACAUUUUGAAUUCAUUCUGCAAUUCAUUUCAAACAAGCUAUUGUUAAAUUUUACAAUUUAUAUUAUAACAUGUUACAAAUUCUAACAGUGUGAAUAUGUGCCUUAUAAGUUUUAAAUAUUUGUAUUAAUUAUACUUAUAGAUUGUAAAUCCCAACAAGACUGUAUAAUAAUAAUCUCAAUAAA